AUGAAAAAAGGAAAAAAAAAUAAAAAAGAUUCACUUAAAAAAGAAGAAGAAUAAAUUGAAAAUUUUUGGAAAGCUUAAAAAUUGAAUUUAAACUUUUUAGAAAGUUUGAAUCUUAAGAAUGAAUUUUAUCCACAAAAUAAACAAAUAUUUGUGAAUGAAUAAAUGCAUAUUUAAAAAAGAACUUCUAAAAUUAGAUGUGUAAUGAAAAAAAAUAAUAAUGCUCCUUUAAUUGAUUGUAGAACUAAAUAAAAAGUUUAAAAUUUUAUAGAGUCUUCUAAUAAUCAAUAAAUUGAAAUUGAAUAAAUAUAGAUUAUUAAUAAACAAGUUUUUUUGGAUGUUAGUAACAAUAAUGCUGUUAUUGUUAUAAGUUCAGAGGAAUCUGUAAUAUGUCUAAAUGACAUUGAAGAUCAAAUUUUAGAAGAUUAUUUAUCAUGUCAUGAUGAUUAAUAAUCUAAAACAUAAGCUUAACCAUAAAUUUAUUCAAGAGCUAGAUAACCUCCUUAAAUACCUAGAUAUUUGUAAUAUGAACCAGAAAAAUCAAGUUCUUCAUCAAUAAAUCUUAGUUAACCAUUAUCAGCUAGUUUAGUUUAUAAAUUUAUGAAUGAUGAGUAGGAUUUCUAAAGAAAUUUUGAUGAUUGGAGUUUAAGUAGUUUAGAAUCUAAAACUCCACCUAUUAAAAAUAAUCAACACUACAAUACAUUUUUAGAAUUAUAAAAAUAUUUUUCUACAAUAACUGAUUAUUAAUAUGAGGCUUUAUUAUUGGCUUAUAAUAAUAAUUAUAAACUUGUAUUGCAAAUCUUGUAAGUGGAUUAAAAGUAAAUACAAAGAUUAUUAGAUAAAAAUAAAAAUAGAAAAAAAUUGAAAAUAUGA